UACACUUGAUAAAAUCAAAAUGUGACCACUUCAUCUUGUAACGUUGCAACAAAUUCCUUUUACUCCCUGUUGCUCCUUUGCAAGAAUUUUGAGAUGCAACACAACCUUCUUGUGCUGGUUCUUUAAUUAAUUCUUAACAUUUCCUCUCAAUUUCUUCUUGCAGGGGUUCGCAGCACAAGAGUUUUAGCUAAAAUUGUUAGCCAUUAACGUAACAUAUAUAAUAUAGCCCUCUCAAGGUCAAGGAGUGGAGUUGUCUCCAUUUACAGGAAGAGCUCCAUCCUCUCUUCGCCGGAACCAACCAAUAAAUGGCCUCCGCCCCAAAGUCCUCGCCGCCAUCGUCAACCUCACCACCACCCUCACAAGCGUCGACCUCACCACCAAAAUCAUCUACGGACUCACCAUCACCGCCAAAGGGUGAAUCGUCCUCAUCAAAGUCGUCACCCUCACCACCGCCGCCACCACCAAGAAAAAGUGCUGGUUCCGGGAAUAGUGGCAGCUCCAACUCCAAAGAUGGGCAGAAGAAGUCACCAUCGUCAAAUUCUUCUUCGGAAGAUCAUACGGGGGCGGUCAUCGCCGGCAUAGUGAUCGGAGUGGUGGGGUUCGCCGUGUUGAUGGCCGUCGUGGCGUGUGUGUGCUGCUCCAAGAAGAAGAAGAAACGGCCACCCCCAAUGAACAUGCCCUUCUACACCGAUGAGAAAGGCAACGUGUACUACCCGAACCCCGGUCUUCCGCCCAUGUGGCAACAGUAUGGCAGCAAUGGCAGCAUCCCUCCUCCAGCAGGGGCAGGGUGGCACCAGCACGGCGGCGGGAACCCGUUGUCGCCACCGCCAGGCUCGACGGCGGCGCCCCUGAGCGGAGAGAUGGGUGUCCCUUACUCGUCCGGCCCCCACGGCCCUCCCCUCCCACCUCCAUCGCCGAACGUGGCGCUCGGGUUCUCCAAGAGCUCCUUCUCGUACGAGGAGCUCGCGGCGGCGACGUCGGGGUUCUCGUCGGCGAACAUGCUGGGGCAGGGCGGGUUCGGGUACGUGUACAAGGGCGUGCUCGCCGGCAGCGGGAAGGAGGUGGCGGUGAAGCAGCUCAAGUCCGGCAGCGGGCAGGGGGAGCGCGAGUUCCAGGCGGAGGUGGAGAUCAUCAGCCGUGUCCACCACCGUCACUUGGUGUCGCUCGUCGGCUACUGCAUCGCCGGCAACCAGCGCAUGCUCGUCUACGAGUUCGUGGCCAACAACACGCUGGAGCACCAUUUGUACGGCAAGGGCGUCCCCGUCAUGGACUGGCCCACCCGCAUGAAGAUCGCUCUCGGCUCCGCCAAGGGUCUCGCCUACCUCCACGAAGAUUGCCAUCCUCGGAUCAUCCACCGCGACAUCAAGGCGGCCAACAUCCUGCUGGACAACAACUUCGAGGCCAUGGUGGCGGACUUCGGGCUGGCGAAGCUGACAACGGACACCAACACGCACGUGUCGACGCGCGUGAUGGGCACCUUCGGGUACCUGGCGCCGGAGUACGCGUCGAGCGGGAAGCUGACGGACCGGUCGGACGUCUUCUCCUUCGGCGUCAUGCUGCUGGAGCUCAUCACCGGCCGCCGGCCCAUCGACACCACCAACUUCACGGAGGACACCCUCGUGGACUGGGCGCGCCCGCUGCUGGGCCGCGCGCUGGCAGGCGAGACGGGCUUCGGCGAGCUCGUCGACGAGCGGCUGGAAGGCGACUACUCGGCCGUGGAGGUGGAGCGCAUGGCGGCCUGCGCUGCCGCCAGCACCCGGCACUCGGCCAGGCGCCGGCCCAAGAUGAGCCAGAUCGUGCGCGCGCUGGAGGGCGACGCGUCGCUGGAGGACCUUCACCAGGACGGCGUCAAGCCAGGGCAGAGCGUGCUCUUCUCCGGCGGCGGCUCCGACAACAUCUCCCGCCUCCGACAGCUCGCCUUCGACAGCGGCGACUACGACCACUACACCACGGACUACAGCACCGACUCCUCCACCGGCCGGCCGCCGCGCAGGCCAUAAUCAACUAACUUAAGUCUACUACAUUUAUUACGCAUAUAUGUAUGUAAUUAUGUAUACAUAUACAUACUUGAUCGUUACGAAAGGAGAGGGAGAGAGCUCUUAAGUGUAUCUGUCGUAAGACAUGAUCGAGAUGAUCAGGAAGCAGCUGGUCGAUGAUUAUUCAUCGUGUUCUUGGGUUUGUUAUGCACAAAUGGAUUCUACUCUACUGGAUCGAUGGUCAUAUAUGCAGAACGGAGGAGCAUCUGUCACCCUUUCCCAUUUCCUUUUGUAAACCACACCUCCUACAUCUCAGGUGCAUGAGAUUUCAGGUGCCCAUGUGAACACGCCGCUGCCAACUUAAGGAAGGGGGUUUUCCGAUGCUGGAUUUAGAGGGAGGCUAGG